AUGGUUCAAGCCAACAAAAGCUUUAUUGUUAACCGCACUAGUCUUAGAACGAGCAACCCAAAGUCAAUUGACUUUUGGACUGGUAAAUUGGGAAUGUCUUUGAUCAAGACGCACCAGGCUGAGGAUGGUAAGACUACUUCUUACUUUUUAAACUACCCUCAACCAGAGGAUGAGGGGAAAGAUGUAACAGCCAGAUCUGGUGUAUUGGAGUUAGUUUAUGUUAGCGAUGCCACGACCUCGACCUCGACCUCGACCUCCACCACAACCAAGAUCAAUAACGGAAACGGAGAAACUGAUCGUGGUUUUGGUCACGUUUGUAUCUCAGUCGACAAUAUCGAAGUAGCUGAAAAGAAAUUUUUGGAUGCUGGUGUCAGGUUCAAGAAGAAAUUGAGCGAGGGAAGACAGCACGACAUUGCAUUUUUGUUAUCUGACUACGAUGAUUACUGGGUUGAAUUAAUCGAAAAUGGCAUUGACAAGAAAGAAGGAGAGUCAAACAUUGCAUCAUACCGUUUGAACCAUUCCAUGAUCAGAGUUGUCGAAAUUGAAAAAUCCUUAAAGUUUUACCGUGACUUGGGAUUGAAAUUAUUCAAGAGGUUGGACUUUGAAGGUGCCAAAUUCUCAUUAUACUUUUUGGGCUACAACCACGAUCCAAACUUUGAAGAAGGUUCAUUAAGCUUCAAGGAACUAAGCAAAUACCAAUCAUUGAUUGAAUUGACUUAUAAUUGGGAGAAUGAAAAAGGUUUCAAAGGUUACAAUUUGGGAGAGCAAGGGUUCAGAAACAUUGUAAUUGCUGGUGACACCAUUACGGAGCAAAAGACUAUUGAGGAUCCUGAUAGCUACAAAGUUGAACUAAGCACAUUAUGA